CUCUUUACUGUUGUCUACAGUUCAGUCCCCAUGCCUUUGCAGUAUAUCUACCUCCUUCCUUCCUGUCUAUUCUUCUUCCGGUAUCCUCCUCAUCCUUUUCGCCUUUCUUCCUUCUCUCCUUUCUUUGUGCUUCCUUCUACAGCCUCUUCUUUGCCUUUCCAACCUCAUCCUAUUACAUAUCAGCUCGAUACUAUCAACCCUAGAAGUUUGACCCGCAACAGUAUCGACAUCAUCAGUCGAUAUUCUAAUACCUUGCGACGUUGCUUCAUCUGAAGCGUCGCCACUUUUGCGACUUCUCACACCCUUCCACGAUCAACAUGGACGUUCUGGUCAAACAGGAAACAGACGUACCGCUCCAGGCAGGUUCAAUGCCGGAGUAUGUCGAUCCGCCACCGUAUCUCGAUCCGCCAUUCGUACGUGCUGGUGAUCUUGCUCGACAGACGGCUUGUAAGAUACACGAUAUCUACAGUACUGCGCCCAGGCCUCCACCUUCCCAGCUCAUUUCAGAAGCCGAAGGUCUGGCCAAGCACCUUAAUCGAGAGGAGAGACUAGUCGGUCUGGUGGGUUUGUCCGGAUCAGGAAAGAGCAGCUUGAUCUGUGCACUUCUGCAAACCGAGGGCAUUGCAAUCAUCGAUGGCAGUGGCAAAGCUGUGACGUGCUUUCCAGUGGAAUAUCGACAUUCCUCGUCUCAGCAUACCUCGAAAUAUCACCUUCAGUGUGCUUUUCCGGACCAGCCACGGGUAGAAGAACUUCUAUCAACAUAUCUGGACGAUAUCAUUGCGCCUACAGCCUUCGAACAUGACGAACUCACUGCGUCCGAGUGGGAGGAGGUGCAGUCAAAAGCUCGCACCGCAGAGGCUGUCUUUGUAGCAUUGUUUACGGGGUUGGAUGGGUUCACCCUCAAGAAGCUCAACCCUGAACGGAGAAAGGUCACAAGAAAAUCUGCUAUCAAAUUAUUACAUGAAUGGGCUAAACACCUUCCAUGGCCGGCCGAGAGAAAGGAUAGCGUCUGGAGCAGUGAGGCAGCUACUGAGGAGGAGUUACGAGAGCUGCUCACCAAGUUUCGAGAUAAUGGUCUCUGGCCAUUGAUCGACAGUAUGACCAUAUUCAUGGGCGCGCCUCUCCUGAGGCAUGGGGUCGUCUUGAUAGACCUUCCCGGCUAUCAGGACAGUAAUCUUGCUCGUGUCAAGGCUGCCAGACAAGCUCAAGCAAAGUGUGAUGAUCUUCUUGUCGUUGCAGGCAUUACUCGUGUGGUCGACAGUCCCAUCCUUGACGAAGCCAUCGAGGAGAACAUUGCACGGCCCGACAUUGGCAUGCUUACUCUGCAAACUGUCACCGCUGUCUGCACUCAUUCAGCAGAAGUGGAAAGACAUCUCGAGAAGGCGGUCGACCCGCGCGCAUUGAGAGCUGCGGACGACAAGAUCAAGGAGUUGAAAAAGAGAGAUGCAUCUUAUUCAGAGAUGGAGGAAGCGAAGCUUCAGAAGCAGCACCUUAUCAUUGAGGCCAGGAACAAGAAUGUCAUCGCCGAGAUGGAGCUCAGACAUGGCUCCAGACUCCCCAAGGAUCAAUUUCAAGUCUUCUGCGUAGACAGUACGAAGUUCUUCGAGAGCAAAGAGUGGGAAGACAUGAGCGGAAUUCCGGCACUCCAGAGCUAUGUAAAGACUCUGCCAGGGAAGACACUGUUCCAGCUCAGCAAUGCUUACAUUGGUCCUCAUCUUCAGGCCAUGGUGGCUUCUUUCGAAUCUUACGUGGACGGGUCUAGGUUGAAGCCUGGAACUAUGAAAGCCGUCCUUCAUGGACCAGAAGCUCUUGAAAGAUUCGAUGAUGAGCUGGAGCUCUGGACUGAGGAGAUUGUCUCGAAGUUCGAGAGUAUCAUCAUCGAUCCACUGAAAGACACUGAAGAAAAUAUCGACGAGGCUCUAUUGGAGGUGGUCCAGUCAUGGAGGGCAUUGCAUGGGAACACUGUAGGCGCUCUUUGCCGAAAGGGUGGCAAAUUACAUACUGUCACCGCUGGUAAACGUGACUGGAACGCCGAACUCACCGAAUGUAUCACCAACUCCACCGACGAAGCCUGGUCAGAAUUCGACGACGUUCUGGAAGCCAGUCUCUCAGGACUCCACCAGAAGAUAUGCGAGGCAUUUCAGGAUUACCCGGUCACAUGCAAGAAACUGGGCGCACCUGAACAUUUUCUGCAGUCUCUCCUGGCCAGGCAACAGAUCCUGGACGAUCUCUGUGCGAAGGCGCGUGAAAGCUUCCGCAAAGAGCUUGGGACCAUCAAGAAGAACGCGAACAACACUCAUGAAAACGCCUAUGUCCGGGCUUGUAUGCUGCCGGUAUACAAGAUUGCAGGUAAUGCCAGAGGUAAGGGAGUGAAGGAAUUCCGUCACACCACACUCGAGGAGCAUGUCGAAGAAUGUGCAUUUGUGGCGAGCAUUUGUGACUCUCUCGAGACUGACUUCCAGGACGCCACGGAACGAGAGCACAACAACCUGGUUGCUAAGGUUGCGUCCACGGUCAAAUCCAUCCAAACGGAUGUAGACUUAUUCCAAGGCAAGAAAGAUGAAAUCCCGCUGUUCAAGCUCGAUCCGAAGUUCGGUGAGCGGGCGGAGGAACUGCUGCAGGUGGUCAAGCAGCGGCGAGUGGAGAUUGAUGGCCUAGCAGAGCCAGCACGAAACCGAGCGAGACAGUUGUACGGAGAUGAGAUCAUGACUUGGGGAACGCGCACACUCGAACCUGAACCCGUAGUGAUGGUCGACCACGAACCGCAUGCAGGUCAUCGGAAGAAAGGAAAAAAACGAAGACGAGAAUGACCAGGACCAGAAGAUGAGACCGGGCUGAGAAGGGAAGACAACUCAGCACCAGCUGCGUGAUGGCAAGACAGCUACGAGAGGGCUCCCAUGAUGGUGCUGCGAUGAAGAAAUGUCAAACACCAGCAGCAUACGCCUGAAAGCGAACAAGGGGGCGUCAAGGGCUGCACUAGGAGCUGAAAGAGCUGACAGCAAGAGAGAUUAACAAACCAACAUGUUGCCACACCUAGAUAGCAUCAAUAGAACGGAACCAUCAUCAUACAACCG